AUGAGAAAUGGAAGCUAUCAAAGAGCAGCAGCAGCAGCAAUUUCACGCGGAGUUUCUCCACAAGGACCAGCAGCAGUACUGCCACUGGUGCUAGUACAGCGUCUUCGUCCUCCUCUUACUCAAACAAGUCUCCCUUCCUCAGAAAAAGGGGGGGUUCGUCGGCGUCAAUCGGAAGGAAAUGCACCAACUUGGCGAAAGAACAGAAGGCCCGAUUUUACAUCAUGCGCCGCUGCGUCGCCAUGCUCGUCUGUUGGCACAAACACGCCGCCGAUCCCUGACCCACAUCACCAAUUGAUGCAUCGCGUGCCUACCAGAUUAAUUGAUUGA